AGGAGAGGAGAGCGGAAGUGUAUGGGCAACUGCUUCCCAGGUGGUGGAGCUCACGGCGGCGAUGCUGCAGAUGCAGCUACAGGAAUGGAUGGGAGUGUAUGGGAACUGGGAAAGCAAAGAAGCCAGGCAUGUUGUCUCCAGUUGCCCGAAUUAUCCCAGAAGAAGAAUCGACCCCCUUGUGUGUCUUUAGCCAGGCCGAAAUACAAGCAAUGUCCUGACUCACCCUUCACGAUCUCAAAGGGAGAAUGUUUUCCGCUUCUAGGGGAGCAAUUCACAAGGGAAAAAACUCCACAGCCACGUAUGUUGUCCGACCCACCCUCCGUCAAUGUGUCCAUGUACCUUGACAAUGACAAUGGCAUCACUUAGUUAGCCCAAGUGUCAAUUGUUUUCUUGGCUUUCUUAGCUUGCAACUAGCUAUAUAAGCUGAGAUGAAACCAUUUGGGUAAAGGUGGUAAAGGUUCAAGUGGGGUUCUAACAUUUUCCAAACAAAUGUGCAGCGAGAAGCUGAUUGUCUCAAUAGAAUCGACCAUCCCUGGAUCACUAAGCCAAUUGGAUACUGCUGGUAUGAGCCAAAUGCAGGAUGAUUGUGGUGUACAAUCGAAUCACUGGGACUCUUAUGGAGCAUCUGGAAACGCAUAAGCUGUUUCUCAGUUGGCGGCACUGGAUGAGGGUGGCUCAAUUGGUAUCUUCAGUCAUUUGUUUUUUCCGCACCAUUCAAAUGGAAGGCUACAGGGUUGCCUUCUACCUAAGUUAUAUGCUCAGAAUGUCUACCGUAAAGACAAGCUUCUUUUCUUAACUUCACUAAUUAAUUUAAAUUUAGCUUUCAAAGUUGCUAAACUAGUCUUUGUACAAUUUGCAGCUCGCAAAGGUUGCCAAAUUUUGCCUCAUUGAUAAUGAGGGUAAGCCAUAAACAUUUUUGCCUGCGAAAAGACUAGCAGGUCAGCCCCAACGGGUGAUUAGCCACUAUGGUAAGGUUUUUUUAAAGAAUUCUUGUGUAGUGCCUUUUAUUUAUGGUAGAAAAAAAUGAGAAAAUUAACUUGUCCUCUUAGUAUAAAUUCAAUCAUAGCUUAAGAAAAGAAUAACUAGAGUAAUAAAUAAUCAAGAAACCAAAUCUAUAUAUCUAGAAAUUUAGAUUCUGAUAAAUAUUGAAAAAUCACUAAAUUGGGGUGCAUUAGAUUUCAAUAUAUAGAUUUGGUUUGUUGCUUAUUUAUUACUCUAGUUAUUCUUUUCUUAUAGCUAGGAUUGAAUUUAUACUAAGAGGACAAGUUAAUCUUCUCAUUUUAUUCUACUAUAAAUAAAAGGCACUGCACAAGAAUUCCUUAAAAAAACCUUACCACAGUGGCCAAUCACCUGAUAAGGCUGACCUGCCAGUCUUCCCACAGGUAAAUAUGUUGCUGGCUUGCCCUCAUUAUCAAUGAGACAAAUUUGGCAACCUUUGCGAGCUGCAAAUUGUAUAAAGACUAGUUUAGCAACUUUGAAAGCUAAAUUUAAAUUAAUUAGUGAAGUUAAGAAAAGAACCUUGUUUUUACAGUAGACGUUCUGAGCAGAUAACUUAGGUCAUCUCUAACCGAAGGCUGGCCAGAGGGCUUGUUUUAGCUCUCUGGUCCUCUAAGAAAUUUAAUGAACAAUACAGGACCAUAUUUGCUUCUA